UUUUGAUGAAUUACAUUUAGAUUAAUAAAAAUAGUACUGUGGUUUAUGGCUUUCGCUCGCUCACUUCCUUCGCCCCUCUCGGACACUUCCUCCUUCUUUUCUUCCCGUUUCAAAAUUGCCGGGAAACUAACGGCUUUUCGUCUUUCGCAGGAUACGGAAAAACCCUAGGAGCUCUUCCAUGCUUAACCUCCUCCGUCAAUGGACGUCGUCGCUUCGUUGCCUUCAGACAACCCAAAAUCUUACCCCUCUCAUUCGUUUCGUUGUCUUAAAACCCUCCUUUUCGGCAAUCGCAGCUGAGGACUGUUCUCUCUAUCUCUCCGCCUCUAACCCUAGAGACGAUUCCAUCUAUUUAUCCAUAUCCCACAAUAAAGACCUCGUUCCAGAAAUUCUUAAUGGUUUAAAAAUCUUUGGUGUCAAAGAAUAUCUAAAUAGCCGUCACUUUCGAACCCUAAUUUCAUCCUUGAAUUCUACACUAGUUGAUCAGAUUCUCCAAAACUUGAGAGGGAACGAUGCCGAAUCUGCUUUGGUUUUCUUCAAUUGUUUGAGAAGUGAGUACAACUUUCGGCAUUCUCGGAUUUCCGAGUUUGUUAUUUGUCAUGUUUUGGCGGGACAAAGGCGUUUGAAGGAGUUGCGUCGGCUUUUAAGGUGGAUGCUGGAGGAAGAAGGAUGCGGUUCGGCGCCUUCUCUCUGUGAGCUUCUGAGUAAUAAUUUCAGGGGCUGGGAUUCCACUAGUCUGGUAUGGGAUGUGUUGGCUGAUGGUUAUUCAAGACGUGAGAUGAUUAACGAUGCACUCUUCGUUCUCGGUAAGAUGAAGAACUUGAACUUUAGAGUUUCAACAUCAACCUAUAACAGUUUGAUGUACAACCUGAAGCACACAGAUAUCGUAUGGGACAUGGAUAUCAUAUGGGAUAUAUACCAUAAAAUCAAAGCCAGUGAGGUGUCUCAGAAUGAAUAUACCGAUGCCAUAUUUAUAGAUGGUCUAUGCAAGCAUUUGAGAUUACGAGAUGCAGUGAAGUUAUUUUGGGAGACUAAGGAAAAGGAAUCUAGAUCUUAUAUUGUCUCUCUGAAUACCCUCAUGUCAGGGUUCUGUAAACUGGGUUUUGUAGAUUUUGCAAAGUCGUUUCUUUGCAUGAUGCUAAAGUACGGAGUGGGUCCUGAUGCAUACAGUUAUAAUACUCUUAUUCAUGGGUUAUGUGUUGCAUGCUCAGUGGAGGAAGCUUUGGAGUUCUCUGAGGACAUGGAGAGACAUGGUAUUGAGCCUGAUGUAGUAACCUAUAAUAUUCUUGUUAAUGGAUUCCGUUUACUUGGUGUAAUGACUGGGGCUCAGAUGGUCAUUCAGAAGAUGCUACACAAAGGGCUAAACCCAGAUAUUGUUACAUACACAAUACUGAUCUGUGGAUACUGCCAGAUAGGCAGUGUUGAGGAAGGCUUGAAGUUGCGGGAAGAGAUGGUUUCAAGGGGUCUCCAGUUAAAUAACAUUACAUACAGUGUUCUUCUUAGUUGUCUUUGUAAAAAAGGACAGGUUGAUGAGGCCAUAAAACUUCUUUAUGAAAUGGAAGCUACUGGACUUGAGCCAGAUAUUAUUACUUAUUCAAUUUUAAUCCAUGGUUUCUGCAAGCAAGGGGACAUAGGGAAGGCCAUUCAGUUGUGUCAGGAAAUGAGAUUGAAGAACAUGAUUGCCAACUCCUUUGCUCAUGGUGCUAUUCUAUCUGGCCUGUGCCAGAAGGGAUUGAUAUCAGAGGCAAGAACACAUUUCGAUACCCAAAUUCAGAGAGACUUGCAGAUAGACAUUAUUUUGUAUAAUAUAAUGAUUUUUGGAUAUGCAAAACAUGGUGAUAUCAAUAAAGCUGUACAGUUAUACAGGCAAAUUAUCAAAGAUGGGAUUGCUCCAAGUAUUGUCACUUAUAACUCCCUUAUUUAUGGGCUUUGCAAGAGCAAACAACUAGAUGAAGCUAAGCAGUUGUUGCUCAAGGUUCUAACUGAGGGUCUUGCACCAACUGCUGUGACCUACACAACUCUAAUGGAUGCAUAUUGUGAAGAGGGUAAUCUAACUGCAGUAAUUCAAUUGCUUCAUGAGAUGGAAGUUCAAAAAGUAAAACCCACUGUUUUGACUUACACAGUAGUUAUGAAGGUACUAUGUAAACAGAAAAGGCUACAGGAAUCUAUACAGUUACUUUCAAAUAUGUAUGCAGAAGGUCUUGUCCCAGAUCAGAUUACAUACAAUACCCUCAUCCAAGGUUUUUGUGAGGUUCAGGACAUGAGACCAGCUUUUUGUCUACAUAAUGAGAUGCUAAGACGCAAUCUUCAGCCUAGUCCUGUUACAUAUAAUAUUCUCAUUGAAGGCCUUUGCGUGUACAACAACCUAAAGCCUGCCAAUAGGCUACUGGAGGCUCUUCAAUGCCAUAAUAUUAUAGUAACAAAAACUGCUUAUACCAUACUAAUCAAAGCACAUUGUGCAAAGGGUGAUGCAUAUAAGGCAGCUUUUCUAUUCAAUCAGAUGGCAGAGAUGGGCUUUGAGAUAUAUUUGAGAGAUUAUAGUGCUGUGAUUAAUAGACUGUGCAAAAGGAGUUUGGCAAAUGAAGCAAAAAAAUUUCUCUGCAUGAUGCUAUUUGAUGGUAUUUCUCCUGAUCAAGACAUGUCUUGGAUGAUGCUCAAUGCUUUUCACCUGGAAGGUGAUCUUAGUUCAGCAUCUGAACUGCAAGCUAAGAUGAUAAGAAGUGGUUUGGUCAUUGAUUGACUCUGAGAGACAGAGAGAAGUAAUGAUCUUCUAUUGCUUGAUCCUAUAUAGCAGUUUGGUGGACUAGGAAUUAAGUUACCCUGGAGUUUCCCUGCAUUCUCACCCUUGACUGCAGGCUUAACUUGACAAAGCCUCAUCCAAACAGAGCCUGACGGUGAUGUGAUUGAGUGCAGAUAGAAUAGGGACAUUGAGUGGGAGGCUGCUAGUGGGAACCGCAGAGAAGAUACCAUCUUCAGAGCUUAUUGACACAACCGGUGCUGGUGAUGCAUUUGUUGGUGCAAUUCUUUAUGCAAUGGACAGAGGCCCCAUCAAUUCCAAGUGCACUUGUUUCCAUGCUUCUGAGAUUGCCAAAUAUCAAAUUUGUUAUUGUGACCCUUGGAGAGGGUGGCUGUAUAAUGCUUGAGAGGAGCAUAAAUGGUGAGUAUGCCAAUAUCUAGUCUCCAACUGUAGAGUGUGGAGGAUGAGGUUAAUCCACCAAUUUUGAUGUUGGAAGGAUGUGGAUGUGUCAUUGAUCGAUAUAGUUCAGUUGCUUAAUGAUUUAUGAUUGUGAGUUCUAAUCACUGGAGAACAUUACUUUCAGUAGAGGGUUCUGACCUAGAAGAAAUCGAUGUGGACAACUUACUAGAGUUACUGAAGUAGGAGAUUGAUGGUAACAAUGCUAUCCCGACAUGUAUUUCAUCCAAGACGGUGUUGAGAUUGAGUGCAGAUAGAAUAGGGACAUUAAGUGGGAUGCUGCUAGUGGGAACUGCAGAAAAGAUACCAUCUUCAGAGCUUAUUGACACAACCGGUGCUGGUGAUGCAUUUGUUGGUGCAAUUCUUUAUGGUAUGUGAAAUCAUAUUAUCUAUUCUGGCUUGCUUUGUGCAUUUUGUUCAUCCAUAAAUCCAUGGUUCACUAAGCUGGCUUGGUAAGGUUUGUCUUAGAUGCUUGUAAUUUGACAACGGUAUCAAAGGAGCUGUGAUAUUUUUUGCUGAAUCCUUGUGAACAAUGAGUUACCCCUGUCUUUGUUUAGUUAGAAGUUUUGUUCUAUUUGAUUCUGUAAAACUAAUUGUACAUGAGUACAUCACCUGGAAAUUUGAUAUAUCCAAAUGUAUAAAUAUUUAUACA